GCCGUGGGAACAGGGAGAUGCGAUCCAUUGCCUCUGCCGGGGGUAAGAGACAGACAUUCAAUCACAAGUUCACUAUUACAGCCUCACUGGCCCCGACUCUACCGACCAAGACCCAGACAGACAAACAAACCACUGCCCUUGCCUACCUAACGACCGUCUGUCCUGCUCCUCUCACGGCCUCAUUGACUCGACAGUUGCAAACAACAUACGAUGCCGUCGUCGUCUCCCGCUUACACUCGGCGCGCUGCGAUCUGAUCCUCUACCUACCAAUCAAUCGCCUCCCACAAGUCACAUCGUGAUACCGACAUCGUUGCGUGCGUGUACGGACGACGUUGGCGAUCGAGAGAACACUCGGCUCCAGCAACAACAGACACAGCACCAUCGGCACCAACUCCCCCGUGUCCUGAGAUGCCCCGGAGCGUGUCCAGCGCUUCCUCGGCACAAUGAUGGGGCUCGUGCUGGCCGUCUGGAGGGUCCUUGUGGACGUGGCCGCCUUCUGGCACAAGAAGCUCCUGAGCUGGUACACGCGCAAGAACCCCGUCACGCUGUGGCUCGAGCUGCUGCGCAAUGCCGAGACGUUUGAGGACUGGGAGGAGGCGGCGCUGCAUCUCGACAACCUGCUGGGGCUGGACCUGUGGAGAAACAACCCGACGUCCAAGUACUACGACUGGGCGCUCAUCGCCGAGCGCCUCGACUCGCUCGUCGUGGCGCGAGAGGAAAACAACUACGAGCAGCUCGUCAACCUCCUGCGAUCCGGCCUCGUCCGCAACCUCGGCAACAUUGCCGUGCCCAAACUCUACAACCGAUCCUUCUCCGGGACCAAGUAUCUGAUCGAGGAGUACAUUGCCCAGGUGGCCGAAUCCGUCGAGGACAUUAGCGCCCUGCCCACGAGUCCCACCUCGAGCCUACAUCAUCAUCCCAACGACAAGGCGUUGACGAACCAGAUGAAGCUCGACUUUAUCCACGACACGCGGCAGGCGUUUGGGCGGACGACGCUGGUCCUUCAGGGCGGCGCCAUCUUUGGGCUGUGCCAUCUCGGCGUCGUCAAGGCCUUGUUUCUCAGGGGCUUGCUGCCGCGCAUCAUUACCGGCACGGCGACGGGCGCCUUGAUUGCUGCGCUCGUGGCGAUCCACACCGAGGACGAGCUUCCGGCCGUUCUUCGCGGUGAUGGCAUCGAUCUCAGCGCCUUUGCGUGGGAGACGCUUAUCCGGAGAGUUCGCCGGUUCUCGCGAGAGGGCUACUUCUUGGAUGUCACCGUCCUCGAGGACUGCGUGAGGGCCAAUGUUGGUGACUUGACCUUUGAGGAGGCGUACCACCGCAGCAAGAGAGUGCUCAACAUUACCGUGGCGACGGAUGGCCAGGGGGCCGGCGUGCCGACCCUUCUCAACUACAUCACCGCCCCGAACGUGCUGAUUUGGACGGCUGCCGUCGCCUCCAACGCGUCAUCGCCGUCCCUAUACGGACGCUCCAAGGCCACCAUCCUGUGCAAAGAUGCCCAUGGCAACAUUGUUCCCUGGGCGCCGGCCAACACGACCGACUUUCGCCACUGGACACAUGCCUCCUACACGGAUCGCGACUCUCCCCUGAGGCGAAUCGCCGAGCUGUUCAACGUGAACCACUUCAUCGUCAGCCAAGCAAGGCCGUACCUCAUCCCCUUUCUGCAGUCCGACAUGCACGGGCCGUCUCUCGUGGAAACGAGAAGCAAGAGCACGCAGCUCUCGGCUUUCCUCGUCCGCAUGGUGGGCCUCGAGAUCCGGCACCGCCUGCGGCAGCUCGACUCCCUCCGCCUCGUCCCCGCAAGCAUCCGCCGCUUCCUGGUGGACGAGCAGGUGCCGGCGGCGUCAAUGACUCUGGUGCCCGAGGUGACUGCCGGCGACUUUAUCCGCCUGCUCGAGACGCCGACGAGGGACACGCUCAACUACUGGAUCCUGAGGGGCGAGCGGAGCGUGUGGCCGGCGGUGGCGGCGCUGCGGAUACGCUGUGCUGUGGAAAACGAGCUGGAUCGGUCGUAUCAGGUUGUGAGGAAGCUCAAGGCGGGUGACUUGAGGCGCAAGGGCAGCAUGGCGGCGUUUGCCGAUAAUGGGCGGUAGCAUUGAAUGGUGAAGGUUCCCCCCUUUUCCUUUUUUUUUUCUUUUCUCUUUUCUUUCCUUUGUUUAUUUGUAUAUGGUAUAUCUUAUGGCGCAUUAUCUAGGAGUCUAGGUGUAGGAACAACAUACUACCCUGCAUAUUUUGAUAACAUUUUAAUUAUCACUUUCCAUCAUCAUGU